CCAUAUACAAAACAUCUUAGACUGUCAGGAAGAUAAAUUCUUCCGAAGUAGUUUCCUUUUCCCUAUCCAAAACUAUAUUAAUCUCCAGCGGCCAGCGGGGAGCACGAGUCCUGAGUAGUGCAUGCUCCUUCUCUUCAGCGGUCAGCGGACUCGUCAGCGUCAGCCACACCAUUGCUGUUCGUCACACCACAGUGAAAAGACGUUGCACAGGCACACGUGGUCCAGUUUGAAGACGCCUGAAGGACGCUGCGAAGGAGUGCCAAGGAGCGGUAGGCCUAAUUGUCUUGUUCUUGGUGGCCACACGCUCCAUUGCUAUCAGACCUUCUCUAAUACCAUGAUGCAAAGUAUUUGAAGUCAAAUAAGUCUGUCAUUUCGAAGUAUAAGGAGCAUUUGGACAUCUGCAUCAUGGAACCGAAUCAGCGUCAGGAAUAUGGGAACGAUUUCAAUAACCGUCCAUAUUCUGACUGGAGUGAUUCCAUAGAAGAGGAGGUUGACAACAGCAACAGUGAAAACCUCCGGGUAGAAUAUCUUUACUUGGGUAUUUCUGUAUUGUUUGCUAUUGCCCUGACCUACCUGAUACAUGUUCUUGAAAACAAAUCUAUAGACAAGGACCUGAAACCAAUGCGUAAAAUAGCCCUUAAAAAGAUCUUUGCUUUCAUGACUCCUCUCAUGACGGCUGUGGGAGUAGGAUGUCUUUACUAUGAGGAAACUUUAGACUUGGAUGCUGUCAUUUCUUAUUCAUCCCCCUUUUCAGAAGACCUAGGAUAUAUGGCUAUAACAAGAACCCUGGCAACCCUGACACAUAUCUUCUUUGCGUUCAGGGCGCUAGUAUUUUGGACAACUACCUUGAACGAUGAAUGGUUUAUUACUUUUGUCAAUGUAACUCUGUUUGCUUUUGAUGUGGUUAACUUCGCUACUGGACACUAUUUUGUUGCCUUCCAUUACUUCAUCGUUGUCAAUUUUUUCUGCCCAGAAAUUGAGAAAUUAAUCUCGAGAUGUGCAAGGUUUGUCAAAUGUGAAAGUGAUUUUGCUCACUUGUAUCUUGAAGCAUGUGUGAUAACAAUUCUGUUAGCCGGAACUUUACGGUUGGGUGAGGAGUGGCGUACCAAUCAGAACUCUGGCACACCGGAGGAAGUACUAUCCCAGAUGGAGUCACUCUUUACUUAUAUCUACUGGAUCAUUAUUACUAUCUCAUCUGUUGGCUAUGGAGACAUACUUCCUACUACUAUAUUAGGACAGUUGACUGUGAUGUUUAUUGUUAUUUAUUUCCUUACCUGGCUAAAUGACAAGGCCGCAGAAAUUUCAGACGGAUGUAGGGAUUUGUACAACAAACCUUUCAAAAAACGAUCCAUCGUUUUUGUUGGCUGCAAGGACAAGCAUGAAAUGAGGAAUCUCAAAGAAGCGGUCUCUGAUGAAUCCAAGAUAAGCAUUAGUGUAUACUCUGGUUUCAUGGUUUCACCUGAAGAGAAGGAGGCACUCGGACUGGAUGUCAUUCAAGGGAUUAGUGCCAAGGAGGCCAUAAAAACCAUGCAUCUCAGACGCAAGGAUCAAAUCAUUAUGAUUCGUGGCCAAAACAGGAUUUUAUCCAGGCCAGAUAAGAUCGCUCUCGAUACUGUUAGAUCGCUUAAAGGUCGCAGGUGCAGGGCAUCGUUCACUGUGGAAAUGAAUACAUUUGAGUGCCAGGAGUUUAUGACAAAAAUAGUUGGUUGGGAGCCAGCUCGUGAUGCAUGCAUAUCAUUAGAAUUUGUAAAGGCUCACAUGCUCACAUUGGCCGCUUAUUCGACACUUGCACCAGCAUUCAUCAAGAGCUCCUUUAUGAAGCAGCUGAUUUUUGAUGAUAGGGAACAGGAGGAAAGCUACUAUGAAGAACUAAACAGAGAGUAUUUCUACAACGACCGCCUUGUUCUUGCUGCCGUCAAUGCAGAAAGUGAGAUUGUGUUCUUCUCAGAUAGAAUGGAAGGUACUUGGUGUCGAAUAUUUUUGGAGAACGAACCCUGCACAGUUAAAGACCGGUCCGUUCACUUUCGUAGCACAUCUCAAGUUAAAACCAGCGCCGUAAGUUCCCAGAUAUCCAUUGCGGAAGGGCGCAAUGAUGCGUUACAACAAGCACUGCGCUCUCACAAUCUAAUUGAGGCUAAGGGAAAAAAUAUAAACGUUAUGAUACUGAAUACUCGUGAUCAUCUGGACGACAUCACAAAAAGGAGAAUGCAUGAAAAAAGGCAGGUCCGCCUCGUUUCAGCAUUUGAACAUGGCUACAGCAAAUGUUGCAAAGAUCAAGAUGUUUGUCUCUGUGGCACUUACGAGACAGAAAACCUCCUCAGAGAUCUGGUGAUAGCUGCGUUCUCCGAUCGACGUCUGUAUGAUUUAUGGAUAAAGCUGAUCACAGAAAAUUACUUGCAUGCUGAGGUCAUUGAGAAGGACUGUACUUACGGGGAUGUCUUUAAGUACUUUACCUCUCUUAGAAGAGUCCUUUUGGCCGCAGAGAUUCGUGGAAGGGAAGGGGUCCCUUCACCAGUGAUAAGCCCAACUAAAGAGUGUCAACUCCGUGAGGGAGAUAUAGUUCUCUACUUGCAGAAGCCCCUCCAAGAAGAGUAAUCAUUGGAACAUUAAACAUGUGACGCCUUAAAAAGAGGUAGUUCACCAAUUGGGUAGUCUUGUAGGUAUUCAGUAGCCCCACUUCAAGAUUUUAACCUUCAUCAAUAUCACCUUACUAACCUAAUUAUGGUUUAAACUCCACAACAGUGGCAUAAUUUACUAAAGCGAAAAUCUCUGUGGAUAAGUUGUUAUAAGAAACCAUUUCUUAUAACAACUUAUCCACAGAGCUUUCUCUGUCUUAAUCAUCUCGUUCUCGGCCAACUUGAGCUCUUGAUUUGUUAUACUGUUUAGCAAAGCACUCAUGAAGCCACAUUUCUUGGCAAAUUAAGUACAGCACCUCUUAAAAGUAAUACCUUUGCAUUGCACCUUCACUCAUGAAGAAAGAAAAAAUUAGG